AAUUAAUUUCCCACUAAAAAAUCAAGAAUAGGAAACGAAGAAAGAGGAGAGAGAAAAUAAGAGCUUUAGCUCUCUCUUCCGAUGUUCACGAACCCUAAUUUUUCCCAUCUCCCUUUGUUCAAUCUUCGUGGAUGCACCCCUUUUCGUCCCUUAGAACCUUGAUCUUCUUUUCUUUAUUUUUCUUUCUUUUAUUCAAUUAGGUUAAACGAAAUCUUGAAUCAGAUCUAUAGUUUCUUCGGAAACUUAGAGAGAUAUCUACAUAUACGUACGAAUAUACCAAUAUUUAUGUACAGGGAUCGAGGUGGAUCUUCGGCGAAGUCGGAAAUGGUUGGAGGAGGAGGUGGUGGACCGUUGGAUCGGAAACGAAUCAAUGAUGCCUUGGACAAGCACUUAGAAAAGACGUCAUCUUCGACCUCCAGGGUUUUGAAUAAUAAUAGCAAGGAGAAAGAAAAAUUGUCUAUGCCGUCAACUUCUGCAGCAGGUGGCGGUGGAAAAUCUCAUCACAUGGACCACCAUCGUGACAACCGUUCCUCCUCUACUCUUGCCAACCCCAAAAACAAGGGCUCCGAUGAUGAAUCUGAAACAGACAGCGAGGAGUCUGAUGUUAGUGGUUCAGAUGAGGAUGAUACAUCUUGGAUUUCAUGGUUUUGCAAUUUGCGAGGAAAUGAAUUUUUCUGUGAAGUUGAUGAUGAGUACAUUCAAGAUGAUUUCAACCUGUGUGGGUUAAGCAGUCAAGUUCCUUAUUUUGAUUAUGCACUUGAUCUAAUCUUAGAUGCAGAAUCUUCUCAUGGAGAUAUGUUCACUGAAGAACAAAAUGAACUGGUUGAGUCAGCAGCUGAGAUGCUGUAUGGCCUGAUUCACGUGCGCUACAUAUUGACCACCCGUGGAAUGUCUGCAAUGUUGGAAAAGUACAAAAAUUACGACUUUGGAAGGUGCCCAAGAGUUUACUGCUGUGGACAACCCUGUCUUCCUGUUGGUCAAUCCGACAUACCCCGAUCCAGCACUGUCAAAAUUUACUGUCCUAAAUGUGAAGAUAUCUACUACCCUCGAUCCAAAUACCAAGGCAAUAUUGAUGGUGCUUAUUUUGGAACGACUUUCCCUCACUUGUUCUUGAUGAGUUAUGGACACCUGAAGCCACAAAAGGCCAUACAAAGCUACACCCCAAGAGUAUUCGGCUUCAAGCUUCACAAACCAUGACUUAUUUCACAUACAAUGCUUAACCUUACACGGACGGGUAUGUAUGUUCAGAAAAUGGUCUUGAGAUUAUUAUAUCAAAAGAAAGAGAAAAAAAAAAUUAAAGUAGUAGGUGUUUCAAUGUGGCUGUUGCAAGUCUGUUCUGUGU